AUGCCUGUAUCAGACAUGCACAAUGAAUGUGCUCAAGAUUCUCCACAUAACGAGACAUCAGGUCCUUCUCAAGGUGUUCGAAAGAGCGCAGGGUCCUUGUGGGGCCCUCGGAAUGGCGACCUCUCUCGAGCGCAAUCGAUCGCUCGAUGCUGCGCAUCGACUCCUUGA